AUGACUUCUGAAAAUGCAUUACGAGGAGCAAUGUUUAUUGCACUUGCACUGGCUGCCUUGCUUCGAUGGUGUGUUUCCAUGCACCCAUACUCUGGUCAGGGUACUCCUCCAAGGUUUGGUGACUAUGAAGCCCAACGCCAUUGGAUGGAAAUAACAUAUAAUUUGCCAAUACAAGACUGGUAUUUCAAUACAUCACACAACGAUCUUAAUUAUUGGGGCCUUGACUAUCCACCAAUAACAGCAUAUCACAGUUACAUCUGCGGUUACAUUUCUAAUCACAUGAAUCCAGCAUAUGUUGUUCUAAAUUCUUCACGAGGUUAUGAAAGUUAUGAACAUAAACUGUUUAUGAGAGCAUCAGUUUUUGUAGCAGAUUUUCUCAUCUACAUUCCUGCUGUUUGGUGGUAUUUUUCCUACAAGAAGCCAACAUCUGCUCAUCGAAGCUCAUUUAGAAGUCUUAGCAGUGGUGUUGGUGUUAGUGAUGGGAGUGAUGGUGGUGGAGGAAGUGGUGGUGGUGGCAGUGGCGGCAAUGGCAGAGGAGAUGGCCAACCUGUAAACAGUUAUGACUCUUCAAAUUCUCAGAUUUUGGCCUUAUUCUUGGCUUUAGUGUAUCCCGGAUUAAUAUUAAUUGAUUAUGGACAUUUUCAAUAUAAUAACAUCUCUCUUGGAUUAACUGUAGCAGCAGUAGCUGCAUUGUAUCGAGGUUUUGAACUUUCUGCAUCAAUACUUUUUUGUUUUGCUCUUAAUUAUAAGCAGAUGGAAUUGUAUCAUGCAUUACCUUUCUUUUGCUACCUGUUGGGAUCUUGCCUACCUAAUAAAGAACAGCCACUGAGAAUUGGGUUAAUUAGAUUAAUCAAAAUUGGACUUAUUGAAGUUGAGGAUUUAUCAGAUGGUUGUGGUGCAAAAUUUAAUGCUCUUAUAGUCUCUUCAAAAUUUGAAGGAAAACCAUUGCUUCAGCGUCACAGGUUGGUCAAUUCCAUAUUGAGUGAGGAACUGAAAAGUAUUCAUGCAUUCUCCCAGAAAACAAUGACACCCAAAGAGUGGGAUAAACAGAAUAGCCAGUAGGAACAUUAAUAGAAUGUGAAUUUGCUGCUGUUUUUAAAAAAUACUGAAAAUAUUUUGGCAUUAAUAUGAAUAAUUCUCAAACAAUUGAUUUUUCAAUCUCUGUUCCUGGAAAAGUGAUUCUUCAUGGUGAACAUUCUGUUGUAUAUGGGAAGACAGCUUUAGCUGCUAGUGUGAAUUUAAAAACAAGAUUAAAAUUUACUACAAAUGUGGAAGAAGGUGGACCAAAAAUAAUUCUUGAUCUACCAUGUAUAGAAUUUAAUCAUUCAUUUCAUUUGAAAGAUUUACGAGAAUUAUUUAAGAAACAAGAAGUUCCCCUGCUAAAUGAUGCUCCUCAUAGAACUUUCUCUUUGAAUUCUCCUGAUUCAAUUAAUUUUGAUAAACAUCUUGAAAUUGCAAAAUCAUUUUUACUGUCUCAAAAUUUGCCAAUUUCUAGUAGCCAGGAAAGUGCAAUUUUAUCAUUCUUAUCCUUAUUUUGGGGCAUGUUUUCUAGUGUAGAUGUGCCUCUGCCAAACUGCCUUAUAAAAGUUACUUCAGAAUUAGAUAUUGGAGCUGGGAUGGGUAGUUCAACUGCAUAUAAUAUUAGCCUUGCUAGUGCUUUUCUACAGUAUAUUCGCCGUUACAAACUGAAACAGCUUAGCGAUCCUUGUGAAAUAUCAAAACAAGGUUACAAGAGCUUUGUGUACUGUUCUACUGACUUGGAAAAAUUUGAGAAAGAAGAAUUAGAUCUCAUUUCUCGUUGGGGACAUUUUGGAGACAAAAUAAUGCAUGGAAACCCCUCAGGAAUAGAUAAUGCUGUUUGUACUUAUGGAUCAGUAAUUGAGUUUAGAAAAGGAACUCAUGGUCCAGAUAUAAAGAUUAUUCCAGAUCCACGAUUCUUGAAGAUUCUUCUGGUGAAUACAAAAAUUCCAAGAAAUACGAGAAAAUUAGUUAGCAAUGUAGCAUCAUUCAAAAAUCGCUAUUCUUGCAUUGUUGAACCAAUUCUGUUGGCUAUGGAUAGUGUUGCUUUAACAGCUGCAGAAGUUUUGAGACGCAUGAGUCAGAUUGGUGAGAAUUAUGAUCCACCAAAUAGUAAUGCUCUGGAAGAGACUUUGAGUAAAGAAAUAGGGAAACUUGAGGAACUAAUUGAUGUCAAUCAAAAACUACUGGAAGCACUUGGUGUCUCUCAUGACACAUUGGAGCAAAUAUGUCACAUUGCAAAAAGUGAGGGUUUGCAUGGAAAGUUAACUGGUGCAGGCGGAGGAGGAUAUGCAUUUGUGUUGCUUCCAUUUCGUGGUUAUGAUAAACAGUUGUGUGCAGUGAAAAUGAGUUAUGAAAAAAAUCACUUUCCUGUUCAACAAGUUACAUUAGGAGGUCCUGGUGUUACACUAAUUGAUUCAUCUUUGAGUCGAACAUACGAGCAAAGAAGGAAAAGUGAUUUCUCUACGUAAGUGGGUUUGGAUUAUUUUAUGUUCUGUGCUCAAGAAGGGUGUUAAUGGUCAUGAAAAUGGUGAUGGCAUUUUAUGAGAAAAAGAAUAUUAAAUUCACUUUUCAUUCCUACUCCUAUUUUUCCUAUUAUUCACUUAAAUUGUGGCUGAGUGAAAAACGUAUGUCCUGACCAUAUUUCUAUCUUACCUUUCCUCCAGGAUUCCUUCAACACCCAAGUCCCCAACUCAUGAUUUUAAUGGUAAAAUAUCUUCUGAUUCAUCUGAGACUGAUGAACAAAAAGCCCAACCAAAGGAUGAAGAUCUUGAAGAAUGGCCUUGGCCAUUUGAUCUUCGGGAAGUAGUAAAGAAUAUGUUUGAAACUCAAAUAAAAGAAGAUUUACAGGGGGGUGAAAUUGCAAUUCCGCUCCAAAGUUUAUGUGCAGUCAAUGUUCCUGAACCAUUACCACAAUGGAUGGAUAAAAUCACAGAGUUACAAGAUCGCAUAGCAUCAACAUGGAAAAAUGCAUUACAAGAAGGACUGGCACAAAGAUGGAAAAUGCAAGAUCAAACUAAGGAUAGUCAGUUUGGAACUAACAAAAUUUUAAGAGCUGCACAAAAAAAGCUACAAGAUAGCACUGCUCCUAUAACCAAACCAGGUGCUCUCAAAAGUAAUGUAGACCAACUAGUUUCUCCUACAGCUAAAGGACAGAGAACCAGCAAGCGAAUUUCCAUAGAUGUAAGGUCAGAAGAAUCUGAUUCAAAGGCAAAACCAACUAUGGAUGCAGAGUAUUACAUCCCUAAGCAGGCUUCAUAUGGAGGAAAAUCUCGUGAAGAAUUGAGUCGUCCUUCAAAGUGGUUGAAAGAUCAGUUUCCUCCAUAUGGCAAUAGAGAGUGGAAAUAUGGUGCAGAUUUGGAUGAAAGUUCUCGACAACUGCAAAACCUUCAGAGAAAGCACAAAAAGUUUUUAAAACACAUGAAACCCGGCUGUGAUCAUUUCAAAAAAACAUGUGGGAAGGAUACUUGAAAAAAUUGUUUAAUUAUAGUUUGACAUAGUUUCAGGAAAUCCUAUGAAAACUAUUAUUGAAAUAAUGCUUUUGACUCCAGUCAGAUCUGUAUUGUUUUCAGUAACAUUUCUUCUUUAAUCUUCAAUUACAUAGUAUGUUUCUUAAUUAUUCAGCCAUUGUUUGUGUUUGUUUUAUUAUACUUUUGUAUGCUUUUUUGAAAAAUUUGUAUUAUGCAAUAAACUAUUUUUUGUGUUAUUUGUAAUUUCAUUUGUGAAAUUAUUAGAGUUUUUAAACUCAGUUUUAUUGACUCAUGUUACACAAACGUUUUUCUUCUUGACUUUUUUUCUUCUUGCAAUCACGACAGUUCAAAUUCAUGUUUAAAUACGUUUUUUAAGCAAAUAGUUAAUGUCAUCUUCAUCACACAACUUAAUUAUUGGGUAAGAGAAAAUUAUAUAGUUUUAAAUCUCCAAUCUGUAUUUGCUCCUCCAUAUGUUCAAGGCUUUUGUAACAUGGUACUAAUAAAAAAAGUUUGAGACACACAGAACCUUAAACAUGUCAAAAUGUCUAAUAUUUUUCCAAUCAUUUUCAUACACUUAUACUGUCUUGGUACAUUUCCAUAAUGGUGACUUAUGACUUAUAAAAUUAUACAUCCAUUCUGAUAGUUUGAAAACCAUAUUAAUGAGGAAUGUCAUCACAUGCUUACAAGAGGUCAACAAGCGAUAGGCGAGAUUCUCUGCUAGUUUUUUCUUUUUUCUAGAAAUAUUUGGAUGUAGAAUCUGUUUCUACAUAUCAAUAAAUGGUCAUAAAACAAUUUUUUUUUCAAUUUUUAUCUACCUUUAACUUUUUGCUUUAAUUAUUUAUUCAUAAAGUUUACUAAUUGAACUUGUAAAAUUAAAACCCCUCAAGUUUUCACGUUUUUCUUAAUAUUUUUAACUUUUCAGUAAGACUCAGAGAUAAAUAUGUCUAUCUAUUAUCAUGAAUUUGCUUUUGUCAGGAGGUAGGUGAACAGUGAGGAUGGAUGAUAAUACUAAAACACUUCAGAAAUUGUGCAAUCAUUUUAUUGAAAUAGAUUAACUAAUGGGCAGCUUUAAGUACUCAAUGAAUGAAGUCUAAAAUCAACAUUCUGUCCUAAAAAUGUAACUUAGGGUUUUUUGCAUUGUUAAUUUAUGUAAAUAUAUUGUAACAAAAUUCCUCUAGGGAGAUAGGGUCAGUUUCAACAUGCAUAUUAUAACCAAACCGUUUGGAGAGAUUAUUACACUUCUGUAAACUAGUUUAGGCAAGACACAUUAACAAGUAUAAAAUCAGCAAGAAUCUGAAAUAAAUGUAAUUAAACAUUUCAUGAUAUGUAAGUAUUGAGAAUUGCGUAAAUUAUAGUUAUCACAGUGCAACCAACAGCAUAUAUCUGGCACAAAAGGAAUAAUAGUAUUCUAGAAAAAGUGUAAACUUGCCUUACUUAAAAAAUGUGUGAUGUGUCACCUUGAACAAAUUAUCCUAAUUAAUAUCAAAUAAGGUAAAAAGUAAAUAUAUGUACAGUCAAAAAGAGUUUCACUUGUCUUUUAAAUAUGCCUACGAUAUUAGUAGGCUACGUUGUAUUUUCUAUAUAAUUAAGGUUCUUAGAUGUAUUUUCAGCAAAGUUACAUGAUUGAAUUAGAGACAUUGGCUGAAGUGGGAGAGUUAAAAUGAGUUUUCACUGUAAGAGUAAAUAUUCAUAAAACUAUGAUUUGAUUUCUUUUCUAAUUAACAUUCUAUUAUAUGCGGGAACUUUUCUAUUACUUCAAUUUCAUUAUUGCACAGUUUUUAUCUUUUAUACUUCACAUAUCAUUUAUGGAACCAAUAUGAUAAAAUAAUAUUCAUUGUUAGUAACAAUGUCAAGUUAUAUUUUGUGCGGCAUCUCAUGAAAAGUUGCAAAUUAGACAAUGAAAAUAUUGAACACUGAAAACCAAAUGGGUUUAAUAAGUUAUAAACUUGGAGUAAAAAAAACAACAAAAAACAAUAAAAUAAUAGCUGCCAGCAGCUAGAAUGUUACAAGGAGUGCUGUUGCUUGUUAUUCCUUAGCAAUGAUUGAUCCAUUUACAUUUCUUAUUCUAGGAACUUUUGCACUGAGAAUUCUAUGCAAAUGACACUUAACAAAACAUUAAAUCACAAUAGAUUGACAGUAAGUUUUCAAGCACAGACUAUAGAAUACUGUAGAGAUUCACUAGUAUAACUGAACAGAUCUGUUUUGGAAAAGAUUAUCCAUCAAAACAUACAUGUUGCUUUUCACAUGUUUUAAUGAAUAUCUUUCUUUCAUUUUCAUGUACUUACAUGAAAAUAUACUUGUACUGAAAGACUGUGACUAAUUGAUUACAAAAUAGUAUGUCUGAGACAUUUAAAAACAAACAAUAGAUACCAGAAAAUGAAAACCAAUAGUUGCUUAAAGUUCUAGUUCCAAAACCAGCACUAAUAUUAUUUCUACUCUAGUUUACUCUACAUCUAAUAAUCUCUUGGUAGACAUUUGGUAAAUAAAAUAUAAAAGAAGGUAAUGUGAAUACUGUUAGCCUGAGGGAAGUAUUUCUAUAUGUGGCAGUAAAGUUCAGAUAAUUUUCAAGUAAUACUUACUGUUGUCAAAAUAAAAUCUUUCCGUUUCACCAAAGCAAGUAUAUGUUUAUAAAUCAGCUCAUAUAUUAAACAAACUAUAUGCCUUUCUGUCUCUACUUAUGUUCUUUGUUCCUCUUUCAGAGUUCAUCUAAUAUGCAAUGCAUGACUAUACAUCCUUUAGAACAGUUACUUUAAGCAAUAUUCCAGAGAAUAUCUUGGGGCAGUUUUGCUAUUUAUCAUUAUACAUUGCAUCCUAUCAUUUCAUGAUAGCAAUAAAUUCCGUUUCAAAUUUGGAUAAACUAGCCAAAUGAUAAAAAAUACUUCUCUCAUAGAAAUGGUAACUUAUCUCCCACAAAGUUUGUUCUUUGUUGGGUAAAAUUGUCUCAUAUGAGAAAACAACAGUUAAUUGAAUACAUCAAUUAAUAACAAUACAUACCAUUCAAUAUGCAACAAUCUCAUAUAAUAAUAAUAAUAAUAAUAA